AUGAUCUCAAUCACACCAACUGAAGGAAAACCAUUUGAAGAUUAUGUAAACAGAAUCAGAGCAGCAUCACGAGAAUUGAAACAAUACAAAAAUUUAUUUAUUUCCAUUCGUACCCAAGUUUUGUAUUAUGCAAGAAAAUUCUUUCCAGACAAAAUUUAUAAUAAUGAUUAUUUGCAAAAGAAUGAAUCCACAUUUUUCACCGACAUUAAUCUUAUUAUUGGAUCAGCCAUAGUCCCCAGUUACAAUCAAUUCAUUCUGGAAAUGAAUGUAAUGAACUAUUCUAAAAAUAAUUCGUCCAAUCGUCGGUACAAUAACCAACAAUCAGCUAAUUUUCGAGCUACAGUUUAUUUUGAUGCUUCAAACAAUUCUGGGAAUACGUCGACUAAACCACAACAACAAAAUCAAAGAACAAUUACUUCCCAAAAUUUAAACAAAUUCAAUCGUCCAAAAUACAAAAAAAGGGGUUUUAUUUAUAAUAAGAACAAAAAAUCCCAAAGAAUAUAUGGUAUUGCCUAUGAUCCUGAUACACAAUUAGGACAAAUAAAUUGA